AUGCGUGUGUUCUUUGCUCCUGCUCUUCUCUAUUUGUACUCACGUCUUGGGCCCUGGUGUUACUCAAGGCUCGAGUGCAACGUGCCACGGACUUACACGGAUCCUUGCUUGCUUCUUCCGCCUGUGACGUCGUCAGCUCUACCUCUCCUGUGGUCUGACUUGGAGAAUAAUCUCCCCCAGUGGGAAGCUCUUUCUCGCUCACUCACUUCGCUAUCACUCUUGACUUCCCUCAAGUCUUGUAGUAGUGCAUCCUCUUUUACUCUCUUCCGGCGGCGUGACACUCCUCUACGCACGCAAACCCGCACGAUGCACUUGUUAAGGACAUUGUUUGCCGCCGCGCUGGCAACAACGGUAUCGGCGCAGACGUAUUCAUCAUGCAAUCCUCUUCACCAAACAACUUGUCCCGCGAACACGGCCCUAGGCAUGGCCAUUCACGUCGACUUCACACAGGGCGCCGUCAACUCUUUCGCCGCCUCCGGAAACCCAACUUACGGGGAUGACGGCGUCACCUUUUCUGUCGCUGCCUCGGGCCAGGCCCCCCAGCUCAUGUCGCUCUUCUAUAUCAUGUUCGGCCGCGUCGAGAUCACGCUCAAGGCCGCCACCGGCGCGGGAAUCGUCAGCUCCCUCGUCCUGCAGUCCGACACCCUCGACGAAAUCGACAUGGAGUGGCUUGGCGCCGAUCCGACAGAGGUGCAGUCCAACUACUUCGGCAAGGGUGACGUGACGACGUACAACCGCGGCCAGUUCCACCAGACGGAUAAUAAUCAGGAAAAGUUUAUGAAGUACACCAUCGACUGGACCUCGGAGCGCAUUGUCUUCUCCGUCGACGGCACCGUCGUACGCACCCUGACUGAGGCCGAGGCCGACGAGAACCAGUACCCGCAGUCGCCGAUGCAGGUCAAGUUCGGCUCCUGGUCGGGAGGCGACCCGGCCAAUGCCCCAGGGACCAUUGACUGGGCCCGCGGGCCGACGGACUUCAGCAAGGGGCCCUUCCACAUGGUUGUCAAGGACGUCUCCAUCACCGACUACUCGACCGGCAAGGAGUACAAGUACACUGAUACCUCGGGCAAUUGGGGCUCCAUCCAGGCCGUCGACGGCCAGGUCAAUGGAAACCUCGGCAAGGCGGGCCAGGUCACGUACACGGCUAGUGCAGCCGCGGAGACGGGCUCGCCCGCGCCGACGGUACCUAGAGGCGGUAUUGGCGCCGACGAGUCUGCCACCGCGACGCAGACGGGCUGGCCGUGGGUCGCCAGCGCGAGGCCGACCGGCGGCUCCGUGCCGGACGGCUGGCGCAUGAACUCCGAGGGCAAGAUCAUCCCGGACGGUGCCGGGGCCUCGGUGCGCCCCCAAUGCUUGGCCAUUUUGGCGUCUUUUGUUCUUGGUGUUGUCGCCUUGGCUGGGCGGUAA